CACGAAAAAGUUCAAUCUUUUCCGUCAGAAUCUGAAUUUUCUCUCAAGCUGAAGAAGUCAAAGGCCUCUUCUCAUAGGAAGGAUCUCCAUUAUGUUGCUUCAGGGAUUGAGAAGAAAAACAGGUAUAGCUGUAAAACAUGCGGCAGGACCUUUCUUACUUACCAGGCUCUUGGUGGUCACAGGGCCAGACAUAUGAGGAUCAAAGUUCCUUCCUUUUCUGAAGUUCUUGCUACCAAAGAACUCAACAUUCAGAAUCAUGGAUCCAAACUUCAUGAGUGCUCAAUUUGUGGCAAGGUUUUCGCAUCUGGUCAAGCUCUUGGUGGUCAUAAGAGAAGACACUUGGUUGCUGCAGAUAACGCAGCUUCUACUCCUGCUCCUGCUGAUGCUGUUCAAGCUUCUGCUGCAGUUACUGCCAACAUGGAACAGAUCAGUUAUGUUUCGGCACGCUUGAUCUCAACCUUCCAGCUAUGGAAGAUGAAAGUAAUGAUGAUUAUGAGGAAAUGACUGAGGAUUCGAUCUGAUUUAUCUGACAUUUAUGGAGUGAAAGCUGUUCUAAUUC